AUGGCUGAGCCAACACACUUUAUACCCAACAACCGUCAACCCCGAGAGUCUUCGCUGGAUCGAAGAUCAAGGAGGUGUCUUAAUCCCAUAAUAGAAGAGGAAACCGAGAGUGUUCAUGGUCAAGCCAGUGCAAAGGGAAAGAGGGCCGAUACGUCGCAUCUCAACAUCACAGCAUGGCUAUCGCCAAUGAGUGACCAUUUUCCGACUCCAAGGGGAGUACACUAUCUCGCUGCCCCGAUCCUUCCAUCAUCGCCAUCGACAGUAUCUGCCGAUGAGAGUUCACCAACAUCAUUCUCCAACUCGAACUCGUGGAACCGAACCAGUUCAGUUACCGAUGGUACCGAAUUCGAUGAGUUGUACGAUCUCUAUGAUGUAUCCGACGAUGAAGCGAAUCGGGGGCUGCGCCGUUCAUCAUCCGUCCGAAGAUCUCGAGGCACGUCCAUGGUUUUUGAACCGGUCAUCAGACAACCCACUCCUCUCGUGAUCCCACCUACUAGAGAUGAGAGUGACGAAGCCUGGACUGCCGUCGAUGAGCUCAAGAAAAUUACCUCUCCGCUUCCAUUGACCCCAUCUGCAAAUCUUCCCAUGUCCCCUGCGCAGAAGGACUUCUUCGGCAAGCAGCAAGCUUUGGAUAUCCCUACAAUCUCAGCGCCACCGUCUCUUGAUGGAAGCCUGUCAUCCGAGCAACUCGCUACCAUGAGUUCCCCUCCAACUCCAGUGAUCGGCAACGAUGAGACCAACACCGAAGCCCCCUGGACAGGCGUCCAUUUGCAGCCUGGUGCUCUGGCAACCUUACACGCCUUGUCUGGUAGGGAUGAGGAUGAAGAUUUUGAGGAGCAAGGUGAUGAGGCUGCCGAAUUCAAUCAGGCGCAACCCCAGCAGGCCCCUGAAAUGCAACAGAGUUCUCUGCGACUCGUUACCAAUUUUCUAUCUCAGGCAACUCGGGAGAACACCAAUGUUGCCCGUCAGUCUUUGGCAGGGCUUACAAGGCUCAGCAUUCCAUCUCCCGGCGGCUUCUUUUCUGGAUUGUCACCUCGAAGCAGGAAUACUUGGCACCCUAGAACCCUCUCGCCGCUCGAUUUGAUCCCUCCGACAUCUACGACAGCAGAGCAGUUUUAUCGUUGCCCUUGGAACGCCAGCAUCGAUGCAUCCAUUCCCCCAGUUCCUCAGCGGGACGAAGCUGAGGACUUCUACCGAAGCGUGAGCUUGAUGUCGUCUGCCCCUGUUGAGCAUAUCGUAGAGGUUCAAGCCGAUGAGAUCAACGAGGAUGAUUUACCUACUGCUAGGCCCAUCCUAAAUCUCCAGACGAAUACCCAAGUAAGCGAGGCCGCCAAGUCUCCUUCUUCUCCCGAUGCGGACGAUAUCCCAACCGAACUCGUGGAAGACUACGACCCUAGCUAUGCUCGAAAGCAACAACUGGAAGCCCUUUCCAAUCUUGACCGCACUGGGCUGUGGCUUAUGGCACAGCGAGCGUAUCUCAAAGGCGUAGAUGAUGUUGAGACUAAUGGCGCUUUGGAAACAAUUGAGGAAGAUUUGGAUGAGGAAGAUGAAGAGGACGUCAAGUUGGAGACCAAAACCGAGCCUGAAUCCGAGCAGAAGCAUGGCCAGAAGGAUGUUGUGGCAAAGAAGACUGUGCGGUUUUCCAACAUCAUUACCACAACCGUGGUGCCAAAGAGCCUCCCAUCGAAGCUUCUUCGUAAGGAAUCCGCCUACUACCGAGCCUUCCAAGACUACGUCGUCCGAACUCAGCAAAGCGAUGUUUUUGUUUUCCAACAGGCCCGCUUCGAGGCUCUUCAGGCGCAGAGGGUUGCGCUUCGCUCUGCUCACCACAGCCAACUGCUGGGAAAAUACCAACUUAGUGUUGUUCCCCAGUCCGCAAAGAAGCGCCUGAGUGCUAACGUUGUGCGCGGCGACGACAUUCUAACCGAUGACCCGGAAACGCUGCGAAAGGAGAAGGAGGCCGAGGCCAUGAAGCAAAUGACCAUGGCUUCGUGGCAUGUGGCUGCAGUGAAAUUCCUCAACGGUGGGAAACUCAUUUCUGCACCAGUCACCAAGCGUCUGGCCCGGCUCUCGCGAAUGGCACCCGGCAAAGAUGGUGUUGCUCGCGAUAGAGCCAGGAUUUUGGACCUUGGCGGCCAGUCAAGCUGCGAUUGGGCAUGGCACUGCGCCCUCCUUUAUCCUAACACCAAGGUUUACACCGUCACCACCAAGGCGGUUCGCCAGCUCUCCAACUCAAACAUCCGAGGCCCACCCAACCACCGCCAAGUUGCCGUGGAGCGACUGACCAAGCUUCCCUUUGCGGACAACCAGUUUGAUCUGAUUUCCGCUCGUGAGCUCCACAGCCUCCUUAAGUUUAUUGGAGAGAACGGUGAGGAUGAGUGGGAGAACUGCCUUCGCGAAUGCAUGCGGGUCUUGAAGCCUGGCGGCUACCUUGAGUUUUCCCUCCUCGACUCAGAUAUCAUGAACGCUGGUCCAUUGGGCCUUGCUAAGAGCGUGGAGUUUGGUUUCACCCUGAAGACUCUCGGUUAUGACCCUAGCCCAACAAAGCUGUGGCUGGGCCGGCUUGCUCGUGCUGGUUUCCACGAUGUCCGUCGCGCCUGGGUAUGUCUUCCUGUUGGUGCCAAGCCAGUGGUCAAGCCUCCCACUCCUCCCAAGGACAGCCCAUCCGGAGCAGAUGUCAAGGUCUGCCAGAUGGACGCAAUGGUUAUGGGAAGCACAGAUGAUAUUGCUAGCGUCUGCAGCAUCGCUGGCGGCUGGAGCUGGGAGCGCUGGCUCCUCCGAUGCGAGAUGGAGAAAGUUGCCGGAGAGUUGAGACUUGUGGACACCGUGACUGCUAGCCCAGCCAUCAAGGAAGCGGGCAAGUGUCUGGAGGGUGUCCACGCUGUGAUGGAGGAGGGACGCAACAGCAGAGCAGGCUUCCGGAUGCUCAACGGGUUGAUGCCUCGAGACAGCGGCAGAAACCGACAACCACGACCCCCAAACUCGAACUCGAGCGCAAACCAGAGCACAGGAAGAGGGCAAAUGUCGAACCCAAACAACUGGCAGGAGGAGGCGAUGCGGCGUCUGCGCCAGAUGCAGACGCGGGGCGGGUAUCCCGGACGAGGAGGACCGCAGAUGCCCAGAGGAGCAAACGGCGCCUUGAUUGGAGGAAUCUUGCUGGCGGGCGGCGCUUGGGUGCUGUCGAACUCGCUGUUCAACGUGGACGGUGGUCACCGAGCGAUCAAGUACCAGCGAUUAAGAGGCGUGAGCAAGGAGAUUUACAGCGAAGGAACACACAUCAACAUUCCUUGGUUCGAGACACCCGUCAUCUACGAUGUACGAGCGAAGCCGCGCAACGUUGCUUCACUGACUGGCACCAAAGACUUGCAGAUGGUUAACAUCACCUGCCGUGUUCUGUCAAGACCGAAUGUCGAAGCUUUGCCUCAGAUCUACCGAACACUCGGAACCGACUACGAUGAGCGAGUGCUGCCAUCAAUUGUGAACGAGGUCCUGAAGAGCGUGGUCGCUCAGUUCAAUGCCAGUCAGCUCAUUACACAGCGAGAGAUGGUUGCCCGAUUAGUACGGGAGAACCUGUCUCGCCGAGCUGCGCGAUUCAAUAUCCUACUCGACGAUGUCUCUUUGACGCAUCUUGCCUUUUCCCCAGAGUUCACAGCCGCUGUCGAAGCCAAGCAAGUUGCGCAACAAGAGGCACAGCGAGCAGCCUUUGUUGUCGACAAGGCCCGGCAGGAGAAGCAGGCCAUGGUUGUCAAGGCUCAGGGUGAGGCUCGAUCCGCCGAGCUGAUUGGCGAGGCCAUCAAGAAGAGCAAGGCCUACGUUGAGCUGAAGAAGAUUGAGAAUGCCAGACUCAUUGCCCAGCAGCUGCAAGAAUCUGGAGCCAAGAACAGGCUGAUGCUAGAUUCUGAGGGCCUGGGUCUGAACGUAUUUGAGGAGGAGAAGAAAUGA